CAGGUCUUUCGUUCUUACCGAAAACCGGGAGAAGAAGAAGAAGAAGAAGAAGAAGAAGAUUCAGUGCAAGCCAUGGCGAACUCAACGACCACACUCCACGGCCCUGGAUCCGAAGGCGUGAAAUUCAACUACCAGUCCCAAAACCUCGGCCUCGACGAGUGGGUCAACCUACUCACGCUCUGCCUCGCCCCCGUACUCGCACACAUCCUAACGGGAUCUCCACGCGCGAUAACCGGCACGACCAGCGACAGCCCUCCCACCUGGCUCGACCGCAUCGCGCUCUCCAACCCGACCUCGAUCGUGUGGCGCUACUACGCGGUGACGGACCGGCGCGUGCGGACGCCGCACUGGAGCGGCGCGGACAUGGUCGCGGCCAACACGGCCAUCUGGUCCGGAUGCGGGUGGCACAAUUCGCAGAGCAGCAGCGCAACAGCGGCUAAAGAAAGCGUCUUCUUCAUCAACGACGGAUUCGCGCAGCAGCAAAAGCGCCGCGUCGCGCUGCUUUCCGUGUCCGCGCUCAAGUCGCUUCUCGUCACCGUGCAGGGCGUGCAGGCCCUCUACGCGGUCGUCGUGAGCUUCCAUGGCCGCCCCUUCCCCCGCUCUCUCGGCACUAUCUUCCUGCCUAUAGCGACGCUGGGCCUCUUCCGCCUGCCGGCUGCGCUCUGGCUUUUCGACGACGCGGGCUCGCCGCAUCGAGCGCUCUACGCGACUUUGCCGUCUUCUGAGCCGUCAACACCAACGCCGGUGCCGGACUGUGAGUCCGAGUCAGAGAACAGACUUGAGCUGGAGCUUGAGCGAUUCCCGCACAACAGCGUCCGCGGCAUACUCGUGCGCCUUUAUUUCGCACUGCAGAUGCUGGGCUUGUUUGGCCUUACGCUGACCCACACUGCUGGCUAUCACUAUUCGCUGUCGUACCUGUUGCAGAACAUUCUGUUUUGCUUCCUUGCUGGAAUUACGGUUGGCGUCAUUUUCUGA